AUGCCAAACGUUUCAUUUCAUUUCCAACGGGUGACGGAAAUCGAUAAACUGCAUCUUGCUUCUUACCCCACCUACCGUAUCCUAUCGCUUCUAGAACUCUCUCUUCCUCUCUCUAGACUCCGAUCCAUUUGUAUGGCACAUCGCUUUCUUGCUUCAGAAGUCUCGGAUUUGUGCGUUGGAAAGCCGCCGCUUAGUUCGUUACCGGCCACCGCAACCGUCUCCGACGCGAUCUUUGCACUUAAGAGGUCCGGCGAUAUCAAUGUAGGUAUAUGGAGCUGUAAUCAUUCUGAUUCUGUAGUGGCUGUUAACGACGUAGCUCCAUGUCGGUGUAUUGGAAAGCUCUGUAUGGUUGAUGUGAUUCUCUAUCUUUGUAAAGAAGAGAACCUUUCACGUCCUGUUGAAGCUCUUCAGACGAGUGUUUUGGAUCUGCUUCCGAAGGUGAAAGGACAGAUUAGGCAUCUGGAAUCGAAUUCGAGCUUGUUAGAGGCAAUAGAUUGCAUACUCGAAGGGGCACAAAAUUUGAUCAUACCAAUACAAGCAACCACAAGAACAAAUCAAAGGAAAAAUUAUCUUAACAAGUCCUCUCAGAGCACCAUAAAUCACAAUGGCAACGAAUUCUGCUGGCUAACUAGAGAAGACGUGAUUCGCUUCAUCUUAAACUCCAUUGGUGUCUUCUCCCCAAUUUCCACAUUCACAAUCGAAUCACUCAACAUAAUCAACACCGAAACCCUAACUGUCCACUACGACGACCCUGCCAUCUCUACACUGCCCUUAAUCAAUCGCUCACAUUUAAACCAAACCUCCAUAGCAGUAAUCAACCAAGACAAGACACUAAUAGGCGAAAUAUCCCCCUUCGCCCUCUCCUGCUGCGACGAAACCAUCGCCGCCGCCAUCUCCGCCCUCUCCGCCGGAGACCUCAUGGCGUAUAUCGACUACAGUGGUCCACCGGAGGAUUUGGUCCACUUGGUCAAGCUGAGGUUACAGGAGAGAAACUUGACUGCCAUGUUGGAUAUGGUCGAGAACUAUUAUGAUCCUUCGUUUUCAUCGUCUUCAAGUUCUGAUGAGGAAUUUGGUGGUGGGAGGAACGGCGGCAUGGGGCGGAGUUACCCCGGGAGACGAUCGGAGGCGAUUGUUUGUAAUCCAUGGAACACGUUGAUGGCUGUUAUUGUGCAGAUGAUUGCUCAUCGUGUUAGCUAUACUUGGGUUGUUAGAGAGGAUUAUGGGUUGAUUGGGAUUGUGACGUUUACGGAGAUUUUGACACAAUUUAGGAGUGCUAUUGGGUCGUUGAAUAGAUGUGAGGAAGAGAGUACGAAGUUGCAAUAACAAAUAAAUUCAAGUAUAUAAAAGUGGUAUUUAGUUGCUGGUGGU